GCGAGAUGACAGUAAAGACAUAAAGACAGUGCGAGAAGGGGGGCAAACUCACAUCCCACAGGUCCAUUCCCCACUGCUGCUUCGUCUGUUGGUCAUUGAAGGGGCAUCUGGACCUGCAGAAGCAGAACUGACCUGAGGACAGAGCUGCUCGGCCGCCCCCAGAUCCGGAUUCGUAUCCCCGCGCUCAGGCUCCAGGAGCCUCCUUCAGAACCAGUCAGACCAGCACACCACCACCACCACCCUGGUAGCGAUGGCUCCCACCCUGACCACCGCCUUCUCCCGCCGCUGGUGGAUGGCUGUUACAGCAGUCAUCGAAAACCUGCUUUUCUCUGCCGUGCUGCUCGGCUGGUCGUCCCUGCUCAUCAUGCUCAAGUCCGAGGGCUUCUACUCCUACCUGUGCCAAGAACCAGGAAACAGUUCUGGCCACAACAACUCCAACAUCUCCAACUCUGACAGCACAGAAGAAGAGUUCCUUACGAUGAACAACUGGCCCAUCUGCAAAGACCAGGAUGAGAUGCUGAACCUGGCCUUCACUGUGGGCUCCUUCCUGCUGUCGGCAAUCACUCUGCCUCUGGGGAUCGUCAUGGACAAAUACGGCCCGCGAAAGUUACGACUUCUAGGAAGUUCCUGUUUCGCCUUCUCCUGCCUCCUGAUCGCCUACGGUGCCAGCGAUCCAAACAAUCUGUCCAUCCUGAUCUUCUUUGCACUGGCGUUAAACGGGUUUGGAGGCAUGUGCAUGACCUUCACCUCUCUGACGCUCCCCAACAUGUUUGGAGACCUGAGGUCGACGUUCAUCGCCCUGAUGAUUGGAUCUUAUGCUUCCUCUGCUGUCACCUUCCCCGGCAUCAAGGUGAUCUAUGAUUUGGGUGCCACCUUCAUCUCCAUCCUGAUGGUCUGGGCUGGCUGUGCCUGCCUCGUCUUCCUCAACUGCUUCAUCAACUGGCCUCUGGAGCCCUUCCCAGGCCCUGAGGACAUGGAUUUCACGGUCAAGAUUAAGUUCAGCUGGCUGGGCUUCGACCACAAGAUCACCGGGAAGCAGUUUUACCGGCAGGUGACCACGGUGGGCCGCCGUCUCAGCGUCGGCCACUCGAUAAAGCAGCCGCAGCAGCCGCCCAAAGAUCUGGCCACGCAGGAGGCCAACAAGCUGUGCCUGUCCACCGUCGAUCUGGAGGUGAAGUGCAAGGGCGACGAAGAGACUCCAUCUUUCAUGAAGAGUAUCUUCAGUCCCAUCUUCCUUCUCAGCCUCAUCACCAUGUGUGUCACUCAGCUUCGGCUCAUCUUCUACAUGGGAGCCAUGAACACCAUCCUGGAGUCCCUGACAGAUGGAGACCUGAACACAGUGGAGAGGAUGCAAGUGGUGAGCGUGUACACCUCCAUCUUUGGCGUGCUCCAGCUCCUGUGUCUCAUCACCUCUCCUGUGAUCGGCUACGUUAUGGACUGGAAACUCAAAGACUGCGACGAUGAUAAUGAAAAGACUGUUAAAAGAGAGCCUGGUGAGCCUCGCCGCCCUUCCAAACAGAUACAGAAGAUUGUCAAUGCCACCAGGGCCUUCAUCUUCACCAAUCUCCUCCUGGUUGGCUUCGGAGCCACCUGCAUUAUCCAGAACCUGCCACUUCAGAUUCUGUCCUUCAUCCUGCACACUAUUGUCAGGGGCUUCAUCCACUCUGCAGUCGGAGGCCUUUAUGCUGCUGUGUACCCAUCCUCUCAGUUCGGCAGCCUGACGGGAAUGCAGUCUCUGAUCAGCGCUCUCUUUGCCCUCCUCCAGCAGCCUCUUUUCAUGGCCAUGGUGGGACCCCUGGAGGGAGACCCUCUGUGGGUAAACGUGGGCUUGUUGGUGCUAAGCAUGCUGGGAUUCUGCCUGCCCCUCUACCUGCUGUGCCACAGUCGCUACCUCCAACGCCUCCGAGACGAGCAGGACGAGGAUCCCAAGAUCUACGUGAAGAUCAAUAAUGGCAGCGCUCCCGAGGCCUCCGUGUAGAAAGGAUGAAGCUUUUCCAAACAGCAACAAGCUCCAUUAAUCCAAAGGAGGGUGGAGUUUGCUUCGCCCUCACCUGUUUGACACGUGUGAUCAUUUCAUUCACUUUGAAGCUGCAGAAUCUGCAUCCUUACACACAAACUUUACACUGCUAAACCUACAUGAAAACACUGUGACACCCAAUUCUGUGAAAACCCGACACAAUCUGCAGCCUCAAAACCUCGACUGCAUCCCAGACCUGUUGAAAAACUGACUGAUUUUAACCUCCACUCAUCAUUUUCAGACCUUUCUGAUCCUGAAUGGAGGAUUUUGGUCAUGUGAACAUCUUGGAUUUCAGUAACACACUCUAUUUCACAUUUAAAUUUAUCUUAUUAUGGUAGACAAAGUGCACGUACACACAAACAUGCUGUCCGUCCCCUCAUCUUCACCUCCAAUCAUUCUGGAGGAUGUUUUUAGAGUCUGACUCAAUCUACACAGACAUCAUCAUGCAGAAAACACUGCAGCAUGUGUGCGUUACAUAAUGCAGUGUGAUAUUAAACACUGCAUGAUAUUAUUCCUGUUUCUCAGCCAAUGUCGCAGAGACAGUUCACCAUGUUUUUAUGUCCUCUGUUUAAAAUAUGUUACUCUUUUUUUGUAUUCACUUGCAAUAUGAUCUCAGAUGUGGUGUUAAAUCUUUGCUCCUCAUUCACGACGUGGCGACGUGAAGGAGGAAACGUCUGUAAAACAGGUAGACGGUUUACAGGCUGGAUUAGUAUUUUUACACACACAGUUUUAGCAAUAAACACUUCUGUGAGGUGCUGGGCACUCACACAAACACAGGCAAACACACAAGUUCAUUCAGUCAUGUUGUAGAUUACAUUGAGGUGCUAGCUGAUUAACAGAAACAUGUUUGCAUUUUGCUUUAAGUUGCAGCUGAGUUUUGUUUUGUGUGUGUGUGUGUGUGUUUUUUUUUUACUGUAAACAAAUAACAUUAACUCUACAUGGUGAAUUCCAAAGAAGCAGUUUAGUUUAGGUUUCAUGUUGUUGUCAUCAGAUUUGUAGUGGUUCUGCUCGGGGAAACUUGACUUAACCUCUUAAAGACAUUAAAGGAGAUUUGCUUAAAGGUUUAAGCAAAUCUGGGAUAGACUCCAGCUUUCCCACAACCAUGAAUUAGAAUAAGCGAUAUGGAAAAUGAAUGAAUGAAUGCUAAACAGUAGCAGGGUGAUACAUGUGUUCUUCCAGCCUCUGAGAAAAUACGUUGACAAUUAAGAGUCUUUGUCUCUGAGAGAGAAGCCUGGGAUUUGCAGAUGAUGAUGUAGGGAGAUAAUUAUUCAUUCCAUUGUCUUUAAAUGCUGUUAGAAGCUCCUCAGAUCCUCCUGUUUGGCAGUAACUGACUGAGACACCUUCAAAGAUGGUCGUGGCCCUCAGAGUGCCUCUCUGGGCUGUGGUGGGGUGGAUCCAGGCAGGAUGUGCUGGACAUUUCAAACACAUCUCUGAAGUGUGAUCCAGUGACAGAUCUGAGAGACACGCCUCUGCUGCCCUCACGUGCUCCCAGCGCACGACCUGAUGGAGAAAUGAGCGGCACAUGAUGCACUUUAGAUACCUGAAAUGGACCUCAUUCACAUUUUUUUUUUAAAAGCCCCCCCAAUGCAAAGAAUGUAGACUCAGAGCUCCGGAUGUAGAUUUGUAAUUCUUAACAUGGAAAUGGAGAAAUUAUUUUAUUUUUCUAUACUCAGAAAAAUAAGAAUUACUUCAUAUAUUUGUUGGUGGCCUUCACGUGCGUGACAGCGUGGCAGAGUCUUGUCUCUCAGUCUGAACAGCUUAACAUUUUUAUUAGUUUGUAAAGAAGCAGAGAUAAUCAUAUGGAGUAAAACUGGUGAAGACAUGAUGGUAAAAAGAUGCAUUUGUGAAAAAAUGUUCAUGAAAAGCACCUUUUCUAGUCGUACAUCUGAGCCCACGAGUGAAACUUUGGAUUUUCUACAUUAAACCUGCACCGACAGGUUGCAGAAAAUUAUUCAAUUGUCCAAAACUUACUCAAAAAUAUGUGUAAGAAACAAUGAGUUAAACUUGCAGGUUUUGUUCCUCUGAUAUAUACUGAAGCACCAGUUGGACUCCAUAGAGAACAUGUCAGGUCCUGCUGCUGUCUCUGUUGUGUUGAUGGCAGGUACAGAUGCAGAUGGAUGUAAAUCUUUUCUUCUGUUGCCCUGGUAACCCAUCCUGAACUCAUGUGAUUUCAGGACAGCUUUGGAUUGUUUGUUGUCACAUGUAGCGUCAUGUGGGAACCGAGUCUGGACUGAAUGACUGACGAGUUCAUCCCUGAAAAGCCCAGAUCAAUCAGCACUUUGGAUCACUGCCGUUCAAAUUAUUCACCCUUAUCCUGUCCCCAUCUUCCUCACUGAAUCCCAAACUCCUGGGAUAAGGGUUCUAAGUUUAGUUUAAUUUUUUUGGUUGAUGUAUCAAUGACUUUCCCUGUGACUGAAUUUUUCCUGCCACCGUUAGCUGGAGUUAUGUGUGACAAUAGGAGGUGGGAAUUACUGCAGAAACACGGACUUCUUCUCACCCAUCUCCCAUCACAACCUCCGCUGUGGCUUUGUUGUCUUUGACAACUUUUUUUCUCUUUGAUGUUUA